UAAACAAAUCCGGCGCUCCCCCAAUCAAACGCUUCAACCAACGCUCCGUCUUCUGGUAAGCGCGCGCCUACCAUUGAGGCCAGGCAUUCCCACGGGGCGACCGUGUCUUCCUCCUCGUGCUUGCCUACUUACACACACACACACACACACACACACAUAGCCGUCGCCAUCGCGGCAUCGCCACCUCUGUCUCCUUCUCCGUCUUUCCUGUUAUCUAUUCUCCGCAGGGGCAGCGGCAAUAAGUUCGCGGGCGCCUUUCCCUCCUCUCUGCCCCAGCGCGAAAGAGCUAGCACCACCAGCGCCGACCCCCCGAUAUAUAAGAGGCUCCGGCCGUCCGUCACCCAUACCGAAUUACCAACCCAACCAGACCUGUACCGGGCGCAAAACCGCGUGGAGGGGAUCGUGGAGUACCAGCCAACAGCACCAGCGAGGCCUCGGCCGCCGACAGCCCUGUUGAAGCUCUACCGGCCGGAAUCUCUUCUUCAUGUCCGGUGGUAUAAUAACACGCCAUUGAUCGAGGAGAGCGUUGCAGGAUCGGAGCGAGAAAAGUGAGCUGAGAGAUCUCGAUAAAGUUCACCCAUGGUUGUGCAGAAGAAGCCAUGGCUGCCCGUCGACCUUCGGCUGCCGGCGGGGCCGCAGGCGUCGCUGGGGAUCCUGGCGUUCGAGGCGGCGGCGGCCAUGUCCAAGCUGCUGUCGCUGCACCGCUCAUUGUCGGACCAGGAGGUCUCCAGGCUGCGCUCCGACGCCAUGCGCUCGCCGGGCGUGGCGUACCUCAACUCCACCGACCAGGUGUUCCUCCUCAGGCUGGCCUGCGCCGAGCUGGUCGUGUCGCUGGACGCCGCGGCGGCCGCCGUCGCGCGCCUCGGCCUGCGCUGCGGCAUCGACUUCGGCGGCGUGUACGCCUGCCUCAAGGCCGGCGCCCCCGACGCGCGCCUCGACCCGCUUGUGGCUAAGGGCCUCAAGGUGAAGGCCAAGAAGAUGGAGCGCCUCGUCGCCGCCACGGCCAGGCUCUGCUCCGAGAUGGAGGCGCUCGACGAGCUGGAGUCCGCCGAGCGGAAGUUGAGCGUCCGGGGAUGGAGCCGCCUCAGCGGCCCGAUCCCACAGCAUCCACAGCAGGCGGCGGCGGCGGCGGCGGCGGCCCAGCAGCAGCAGCAGCAGAUGGCCGGGGAUUCACCCGGCGCGGAGUCGCUCCGGCAGGAGCUCAAGACGCAGCAGCUCAAGGUGAAGCGUCUCAAGGAGGAGUCCCUGUGGAACCAGAGCUACAAGAAGGCCGUGGGGCUCAUGGCGCGCGCCGCCUGCGCGGUGUUCGUCCGCAUCUGCUCCAUCUUCGGGUCAUUCGUGCCAGGUCUCCCGCCGCCGCUGCCGUCGGCCACCACGGACAGCGUCCAGACCCGGCUGUCGAAGCUGCUGCACCCGCGAUCGGGGAAGGCGAAGGCGUCGUCCGGGCCGAUCACGCGUCGGGACGGCCCGUCGCGCGUGCACCCGCCGAUGACGAGCAACUCGUGCCCGAUCAUCGGGCGUCCCCCGCCGGGCCAGCACAAGUCGUCCCCCACCAACUGGCGCAAGCUCCUGGACGCGCCGUCCCGCAGCGUCGGCGGGGCCGGGCUGGACCAGCAGUACGCGAACGUGAUCGUGUCCGCGGAGGAGCUGCUGCGGAUGGAGGCCGAGGGCCGUCAGGAGGAGGCCGCGGCGGAGCGCGCCGAGAUGUACGAGAUGCUCCCCGCGAAGCUCCGCGCGGCGGUGCGGUCCAAGCUCCGGGAGUGGUGGCGCGACCCGGGCCCGCUGGACGAGGCCCUGGCGCGCGGGUGGAAAGACGGCGUGGACCGCAUCAUGGCGUGGCUGGGCCCCAUGGCGCGCGACACGGUGCAGUGGCAGGCGGAGCGGAACAUGGACCGGACGCGCCGGUUCGACGGCGCGCCGCGCGUGUACGCGCUGCAGACGCUGCGGUGGGCGGACAAGGAGAAAGCCGAGGCGGCCAUCGUGGAGGUGCUCGUCGCGCUCAGCUGCAUCUGCUGGUACGAGGAGCGCCGGCGAGGCUCCGUCCGUCUCGGUUAAUGAAUUGAACCGUUCAACGCCUUCUUGCUCUCGCUCGAUCGGAUCGGACGUGGCGGUUGGGCGUUUUUUUUUUCUUCUUGUUCCUCUUCUUCGCCUGCGUGCGUUUGUCAAAGGUUUGAUUUGAAGAGUUGAUUUUUUUGGGCCGGGAGUAGUAGAAGUAGAAGCUAGAAUGGUGGUGCGUUCAACGGGUUAGGAAGGAAGGAGACAAACACACGACUGUACGGUAGUAGCAGCAGCAGCAAUAGUUGAAACGAAAUCGUUGAUUGGUUUGCGCGUUGGGGUGGCUGUCAGCGGCUUGACGCCGACAAUUGGGGCCUCGCUCCCCACUCUCCCGUCGGUCUCACGCUGGUGACAGAGUCCGGUGUAAUACAUAAAUGUCACGAGAAAGUAAGGAUUGUGUAAUAGUAUAUAUUGAUUCUUUGAAAUUCAUCCGGUCUAAGUUUGUAACC